AUGACAGAAAAGAAUCAACCCGAGCAGUGCUCAAGCUCUCAACAUGUGGAGUCUCCUGAUCCAGAGAAACACCAGCCCGAGGUGGUGAUCUCUCAAGAGCGCCAGUCGGCCAUUCGCAGAAAGUUUGACCGCCGUGUCUUGCCAAUCGUAUGCAUUCUAUACAUUCUAUCAUACUUGGAUCGAGGAAACAUCGGCAAUGCAAAGGCUGCCGGACUUGACAAAGAUCUUAAUCUCAGUAGCCACCAAUGGUCUUGGGUCCUGUAUGCCUUCUAUAUAUCCUACAUCCUGUUCGAGUGGACUACGGUCCUAUGGAAGAUCCUUCCAGCACAUUCCUACAUUGCCGUCCUCUGCAUUUGCUGGGGUGCAGCUGCAAUGUGUAGUGGUGCAGUCAACACUUUCGCUCAGCUCCUCGCAACUCGGUCGUUAUUGGGUGUCUUCGAGGCUGUCUUUGGCUGUGGUGCACCAUACUUCCUCUCUUUGUUCUACCAAAGACAAGAACUAGGACUCCGGGUAUCACUACUUCUUGGCAUGUCCCCAGUUGCCAACUGUUUCGCUUCUGCUCUUGCCUAUGGCAUUACCCAUAUCAAGGGAUCUAUCGAGCCAUGGCGCUACCUAUUUAUCAUUGAGGGCGCACCAACAGUCCUGUUCUCAGUGGUAGUAUUCUUCUUUCUUCCCGACUCACCAGGCACAGCAUCCUUCCUAAACGAAAGAGAACAAACAGAAGCACUAGAACGCCUCCAAGCAUUCGACACAACAGCAAAAAACAAAGUCCGCUGGUCCCAAGUCUUAAGCGGACUAUCAGACUACAAAAACUACAUCCACAUGUCCAUCCACUUCUGCUGCAACUACUCCUUUGCAGGCCUCUCAAAUUUCCUGCCCACAAUCAUCCAGCACAUGGGUUAUACAUCCAUCAACGCCCAAGGCCUAGCAGCACCACCCUACCUCGCCUCCUUCCUUUGCUGCGUAGCUGCCGCCUUCCUCUCAGAUAGAUGGGGAAACCGAGGAAUCCUAAUAUCAUUCUUCGCAUCGAUUGCUACAAUCGGGUAUCUCCUCCUCACGUGCGUGCAGGACGAAACAAAGACAACAGCAAGGUAUGCGGGUAUUUGGUUAGCGACUUGCGGGAUCUUCCCUGCUCUUGCGCUGAAUGUGACUUGGAUGUUGAAUAACCAGGGUGGGGAGAUUUGA